CAGCUUCCAGUGUUGAUGUGUGGUAUUCUCACAGUAUUUUCGCGUUACUGCAGCCGUAAGCCGACGCAUACUCUUUGUUACAAACAACAAUUCAGUGAAUCUCCAUUCUGGACAACCGAUCUCCAGUUGAAGUGUUCGGCCAGGAUGUAGGUAGAUGUGAUGUCGUCGAACUUCAGUCCUGUUUCACCUCGGGGGCUGGCAGUGAAAAAUGUGAGUGCUGUUACAGGUGCUGAUGUGGGUGCACCAGUUCUUCCACAGUUUCACUGUAGCCCAGGUGGACAAACUCGGUCACAGUUGUCAAGUACUGGUACACAACUGCUCAGUGCAAACAGCCAAGUCAGGUCGCAAAUGCAACAAGUUCCCCAGUCCACGCAACGUCCGACAAGUUCUGAUGCAUGCGCUACAAUCACACAGUAUCUGAUGAUGUAUCAUACGGGGCGAGAUGAGGAGUUCAGUCGCAAAGCCAUUGAAAGUCUGAUUAAGAAACUGAAAGAUAAACAUGAUGAAUUGGAUGCACUGAUCAUCACUGUGACAUCACAUGGGAAAACUUCUCCGAAAUGUAUUACGAUUCAGCGUACUUUGGAUGGACGACUGCAGGUAGCUGGAAGAAAAGGUUUUCCGCACGUCGUUUAUGCGCGUAUUUGGAGAUGGCCUGAUUUACAUAAAAAUGAGCUGAAACAUUUGUCAAUUUGUCAAUGUGCGUUUGACCUAAAGUGUGACCUCGUUUGCGUUAAUCCAUACCACUAUGAACGUGUUGUUCCGCCAGGUAUAGGUGCGAUUGAUUUGUCAAAUUUAAAGAUUGAACAUCGCUCCUCAUCACAAGACGAUUCAAACACACUAUCUCCAGGAAGUGCAGGAACUAGCGAUGAUUUAUCAAAGAACUCAGCGCUUAAUGAGAAUGACGGUUGGACUGCAAAGACACUUGCAUAUGCGUCAACACUGCGUACUUCCAAUGUUGUCAAAACAGAGACGAGGAAAUUGUCUGGUGAUGAGCAGGAUCUAUUAAGCGGCUCCAGUGUAUGUAUGGCAUCGAAUCAGUCUACUUGGAAUAACAGUGAGCAAAACGCAGUUGCUGCAGCGGUUACAAUCCCAUCACAGAUUCCAGCAGUGGUAAAUCCAAUUCCAUUUUCAUCUAGUUCCAUGCAGCCGCAAAAUACGUUUCCAACUCAGUCUAUCACUGUGGCGUUAAAUCCAUCGUUACAAGUAUCUCCCUCAUCAGCAUUCAGUAACUCGCAAGAAGUUCAGCAUCACAUAGAAUCUAGAGUUCGUGACAAAACGGAACCUACAUCGCUAAGUCCACAUCCGGCAAAUUGGUGCGUCAUUUCUUAUUAUGAGUUCAAUACAAAAGUUGGUGAAACAUUUGCUGUAAGUGCACCUGCGGUCUACAUUGAUGGAGGAGUUGACCCAUCUGCUCCCGGUCGUUUUUGUUUAGGAUCUCUUUCCAACGUUCAGCGUACUGAUGAGAGUGAACGAUGCAGGAAGCACAUUGGUCGCGGGAUUCGAUUGGACGUGAAAGGAGAGGGUGAUGUUUGGUUGACAUGCUUGUCGGAUCGACCAGUUUUUGUUCAAAGUUCGUAUCUCGAUCGUGAAGCCGGACGAGUUCCGGGCGAUGCUGUACACAAGAUUUAUUCUCAAGCAACAUUAAAAGUUUUUGACUUACGGCAGUGUUACCACCAGCUGCGACAGCAGAAUAUGUAUCAGUUGAUAGCGGCGGAAAUACUGAAUAACUCGUCCGACAAUUCAAGAAAUCCAUUGUUUGGAAUGGACAGAAAGUCGGCAGAACUUGCCGGCCGUUUAAAUCAGGCUGCAAAUGUCGGUGUCGACGAAUUACGCAACUUGUGCUCUCUGGCAGUAUCCUUUGUCAAAGGAUGGGGACCAGAUUAUGAUCGUAAAUCAAUCAAGGAAACACCAUGUUGGAUAGAGGUCCAAAUAAACAGGGCUCUUCAACUGCUUGAUGAAGUCCUUCAUAAUCCAACUUUAAAUAAUUUUUCUUCAUCUCAAAUGUAAUUAAUAUAUUAAUAUGUGUUAUUAAUGUAAUGUGGUGUUAUCAAUAAGCUAUUGCUGCCCCAUCUGUUCGUUCGUCAACGAAA